AUGGGACUUGCCGGUGUCGGGGAUUCCGCCACCAGCGCAAUCGGCGAUGUGGCUGGAUCUGGGCUAGAUCCAGCCGCCAAAAUCAUCCUUGUUAUCCUGAUCAUAGCUUUGCUCGUCAUCGCAAUUAUCGUGUGGGACUCGAAGAGGCGGAACGAGAAUCACGGACGAGGAGACGAGGAAGUUACUGAGGGCGGCGGCAUACAUCCUGACCAAUGGAGUACACCAGUUGUCGUCGCCCGACAACCAGGCAUGACCGAGAGCGGCGGCAUACAUCCUGACCAAUGGAGUACACCAGUUGCCGUCGCCCGACAGCCAGACAUGACCGAGACGAUCAGAGACGCCAGACGAACGAGCCUGAACAGCAGCACUUCUUCGGUAGAUCACCAUCAGCCGGAAGACACGGUCUCGCUGCUUGGGAGAGAAGACGCAACGCGUGGCGGCAGAUUAACGGCCCCUGACCCGGUGGUAAUACCGACUUUGGGAACUCCUCGCAACUUGCCGAUUAUUUACGUGCCGCCAUCAGCAAAGGACAGCCGGGUCAGGAGGGCGCCAUGGCAUUGA